AACCAGUUCACAUGACGUGAGGAGACAUGGCUUAUGCAGCCAACGCGCCUGUGACCGACAUCUAACCGUGUUUUUCUGUCCGUUUUACUACAGGACAAGCUUGAUGAAGGCUGAGAUUUUCUAUCGACUUUCUUCGGGCAUUAAAGGAGCGUAAACCUCAGCAGUGGGAGCCGAAGUGACUCUUCUUUAUCUCAGUCAGUCAGUCCGUCAAGUCAAGUGCAAUCCGCGGCGCGCUCGUGAGGACCUACCUGCGCCUGCAGCGGCGAAGUAACGGCACCUCUCUGCGUCCUCCUCCGAGAUAUCCUGAAAUAUGAAGCUCCACCACAGUUUGGCCGUGCUCAUCAUCGCUUGGUUUUCGGUAACAGGUGAGUGUUUUUUCCGCAUUUGACACGGUUUUGUUAGGAGUGACGUCACACGGUUGUCCAUACUAACAAGUGAGCUCGUGCAGUUCAACCAGGUGUUUACCUCUUUACCUGGAACAAUGGAGGGAGCCAGACAGACACAUGUUAAACUAGAGCUCGACCCAAGACUGACCGAGGAAGUUCCAGCUUUUCCAAAAAAUGAGACUAUUUCAAUUCAAUUAUGGCAAAUUCAAUAUUUAAACCUAUUAGAGGUUGUUAUUUUGUUUUAUUUGACUGACAAACAUGGAGUUAAUAGUUGCAGAUUAGUGCAGUAGAGCAUACCAGGACUUUACUGAAGUUAGUAGGGUGUGUAAUGUUGAUUUUACAGGAAUCUGCCAGUCACAGGAAUAGACAUAGUUUUGUAGAGUAGGGGAGAGUGGGGCAAGUUGAGCCACCCCCUGUUUCUUGGAAAUAGUAAAGUAAAUUGAUCAUGUGACCAAAUAUUUAGGAGAUGGGCAUCAAUUCAUGGAGUCUGUGAAGGUUAGAAGCACAUGGGUGAACAUUUUUCACUCUUAAAAGUGAAUUUAGUCUGUCAUAAGUUUUAUUAGAAUUGUUCAGACCAGAAAAGAUCAUUUUAAAUCUGAUUUAUAUAUCGAUUGUGAUAUCUAUGAGCUACAACAUCAAAAACCUAGAAUAAAAGCCCACCAUUUUAGUUUAGAGGACUAAUAAAGUCAUAACAGUAGUUCAGGGGUAAAGAAGUCUGAUGAGAGGAUCAGAGUUUCAGUUCAGAUUGUUGAAAUGUUUGACUUUUUCUUUUGUAAAAUACAGCUGUGAAUGUUCUGAAUCACUUAAAGACAUUCUUAUGUUAAAAUGACUUUUUACAAAACAUGUUUUUAGCAGUUAUAUGCAAUAAUAAUAAGAAUUAUUGUACCAGUUGAAUAGCGUAUAACAGAUAAAAGUACACAUAAAUGUGAAGAAGUGACUGUUAUUUAGGGAGAGAGAAGGUGAGGGAGGGCUGGGGUGGAGAGUCAACUUACCCCAUACACGGGGUAAGUUGACCAUAGGAGACAGUUAUGUUUACACUCAUUCUGUUGGUUUGCAGGGAUGAACAACAUCCUGAAAUAUAUGCAGAUACACGAGUUAGAGAGAAAACUAUGAUUGACUUGAUGUAGUGAUCCGAAAUAUGAAAAACUGUCUCAUCUCACCCCACUCUCCCCCUAUAUAGAUUAUAUACAGCAGAUGACACAUGCCCUACUUUGGCAAAGAACUACGUUUAAAGUAGGCCCCUACAUGUGACAUAUUCUGUGCAGCUAUAACAAGUUAUUUUCCCCUUAAACUACCUGCAGGUCGUAGAAAACCAGUUUUGUUCUUUAAGUGUUUGACCAAAAUGGGAAUGUAAGAUAAGGAACUAGUGGGAACUACAAAGCUUGAAAGUUUGACCUGAAGUAGAUCGCCAAAGUGUCGCAAGAGUCACUGCCUUUCAAGGUCCAGGUGGACUUUGAGAACUUCUAAAACACAAAGGUUAACUUUCCUUAUAAUAAUGGCGAGUCAAAACAGACAGGCCAGAUUGAGAAAAGUCUUUGGACUUCUAUUCUGUUCUAUUCUCAUAGCUGUGUUUUGUGAAUGUUGUGGACCAGAUUGACCCCAUUGUUGUGUCAUUUGAGAGCUUCACAUGACUCAGUGAUGGUUUUUGUUGGCACACAGGCCUUUAGGGGCCUACUGUCAGGGUGAGUAUCAGCAUUUAUAAUCGCCCCGAUCAGUCGCACACAAACAGACAACUGGUUGCUGGCAGUGAAAGAGCCCAGUUUAACUUUAGUUUGAGUAGUUGUGUUGUAUACAGCUGGACCUUAGUGAUCUUUAAACUCUUGGGCAUCAACACCAUCAUUUCCACAUCACAAGAGGCAUUGUGGGAUACUUCUCUGUUUGUUAUCUUCUCCAUAAAGACUACCUGAUGCUGCUAUCUAAAGCUCAGUAUACACAGUCAGACACCUCAUGAUCGGAUUGCGGUGUUGUGAAAACCGUCUACUGUGUGUUUACAUAGUGAACAGAGAGGUGACAUCUGGGUCAAGUUUCAGUGAGGCAGCAAGGAAGAGAGUGCAUGUUUUACCCUGUACAGCACAGACAUGCAGUACUUUUUUCCAAUGAGAUCAAUAGACUGAAAGCUCAGGAGGAUGAGGAAAGAAAGGAGGGGAGAGCGUUCAGUCACUUGGUUGUGUAAUAAGUGAGUUAUAAAAUUAGUAACGGCAGCAUGAUGGGCGACUCGCACCACACAUGAACAAACAGUCAAAUAAAUCUGUUUAUAAGGAAACAAGCUGGUAAUCAGCAUUUAUUAUGUUAUGAGUAGUUUUUAUAGCAUUGAAGUUUGACCGUACUGGAUAGAAUCUGAAAAUAAAACACAAUUAUACUGUGUAGCUGGGGUCAUAAAAAGCCACUCUGGACAAACUGUCUUGACCUGUUUGUAGAUAUGAAAGUGAUAUUGAACUUAGCAGUAAAAUUCCUGUGUUAGGUUUAUACCUUUUGCAUUUAAGAGAAACAUUCUCAGGAGAAUUGAUAUGAGCAAGUCCUAAAAAGCCACCAUUGCUCUCAAACAAAAGGUCUGAAUGUUAUCCUCACACACAGGCACGUUGACAGCAGCAGUGAGUUUGCAGUUUCCAAAGCAUAAAGAUAUAAAUAGCCUACUGUAUUAUGAAAAUGCAAAAGAUGCCAGGUUGGUGUAGCAGGCGAAUUCUUCAUGGUAAUUCUGUUUAUAGGAGGCAAAAGUUUGGCUCUUCACUUGUUGCACAUGGAGUGAAACAGCCGCUGCUUUUUCUGGACUCAAAAAUUCUUACAGGAAAGAGUCUGGAGACCUCUGCUGGUGACUGAUGUGAACUGCUCAGUUGUGAAUGUAGGACAUAACAUCAUGUGACAGGAGUGGUUACGUUAUUAUAAUCCUCUGUUAUCAUUUAUACUCAUAAAGGGAGUCUUUAUCAGACCAGGUCGGUCAUAUUGAAUCGAGGACAUCAAGAUAAUGAAUAUUCCAGCAACAAACAAGUGUGUUUUAUUAUAUUAUUAUGUGUUUUAUUAUAUCUUAGCAACAGAGAUGGUGACAUACAAUAAUAAACUUUAACUGUGGGACUAUCACUUAUUAUAAUCAGGUCAAAUUGAAAAUGUCUUAUUUAACUACACAUUGAUUUGCAUCGUGGGAUGAUUUAGUAUUGUGAGACAAACACCAAGUGUUAUUACUGUGCCAUUUAUAUUUGAUCUGAAUACAAUGAGCGAUUACAGGUAUUUUUAUAUCUUAUGUUUACAUGUUUUGACAUUUUGCCCUCACUGUUCUCUCCUUGUCAGGUCAUAUUCAGGCUGUUACUCUGGAGGUGAAAGAAGGAAACACCACCUGCAUCAAGGCAGAGCUUUCUGUAUCCUUCACCAUCACAUAUAACACCUCCAGCAGCACGGUGAGUACACUGACAGUAUGUCUCUGAACCACUGGACUGAUUCUUAACGCUGAUCUGAUUGAGCAUAUCACUUGUGAGCACCGCCUGUAUCUUAUGUCUUCCCUUCAGAGAACAGUGCAGGUCUCUCUGCCUGACUCCUCCACAGUUGAAGCAGGCAGCAGCUCAUGCGGCACAGCGAGCAGCUCACCGUGGCUGGUAGCCGUGUUCGGGCCUGGCCAUGCUCUGGGGCUGGGUUUCUCAUCCAAUGGAAGUCUGUAUAGUGUUGCUACUCUAAUGCUGCAGUACAACCUCAGCGACACUUCGAUCUUCCCUGAUGCUGACAGCCCUGGUGAGAAUAAACCCAAAGGCACUUCAGAGUUAAUCUAGACUGGUGUUGUGUGGUUGAUAGAGGUGGGAGCAAAAAUCGAUACAGCAUAGUAUCGUGAUAUUUUCUCUGGUGAUAUAUCAAAUUGUCUCAUUUACCAAACAUCGAUUUUUUAAAUUAAUUAAUAUGAAGUCAGAUCUAUGAUAAUGGAAAAAUAAAAUCAACUUUUUGUUCAGUGAGGUUGGCAGAGGUGACACCGUAGAGCAGGAGAAAGUUAGUACAACAAAUAUAUACAUAUAAGGUUUGCAUAAUGUGCUACAUGAAAAUGAAAUACAACGUAAAUAAGACAAAUAUAAAGGAAAUAAAAAUGCUAAAUUAGUUAAACAGUUGAAAAAAUUGUAUAAAUCGCAAUAUAUUGUAUCGCAAUACACACUGUAUUGCAAAAUGUUAAAUAUCGCAAUAAUAUCGUAUCGUGGCCCAAGUAUCGUGAUAAUAUCGUAUCAUAGUGGUUAAAAACAUGCACAUAUAUACCACUAUGAUAUUUCAAACUCAGUUUUGUUUGUUUGAUUUUGUUGCAGAUGUUGUCACCGUUGUGUCAUCAUCCGUCGGGAUCUCUGCGACGAUCAACACCACUUAUCGCUGUGACAGUCCCACUGCUGUCAGCGUCGGUGGAGCAACCGUCACUUUUUCUGGCAUGAAGCUGGAGGCGUACAUGCCAGGAAAUGACCUGAGUCCAACAGGUACUCACUCUGACGGCGUGUGUGUUCCUGAGUGUGCACAGUCAAGAUUGUUUGAUUUCCACGGUUGAUCAUCGAAUCUGUUUAAUUUCUCUUACUGCAGAGAGCGUUUGCAUCGCAGAUCAGACCAGCACCACAGCUCCACCCACCACUGCCAGCACUACAACAACGACAGCCCUACCACCAACCCCUCCAGGAACACCUGAACGGGGCACAUACUCCGUAAACAACAUCAACGGCACAGUGUGUCUCUUGGCCCGCAUGGGACUGCAGCUCAACGUCUCCUAUUUCUCUCUAUCCCAAAACAAGGUAAAUGAGAGAUUUACAACUCAAAGUAAAGAAGUAAUAAACUUAUUUAUUUUCUUUGCAGCAUAAUGCAAUUUAAACACAUUCAUCUUUUUUUUUCUAGACAAUCCAAGAACUGGUAAAUCUGAGUCCCAAUGAGACCAGUGUGUCAGGAUCAUGUGAACCCAGCAGUGCGUCUUUGGUUUUAACACAGGAACAAAUCACCAUGCUUAAUCUCACCUUCACUCUGGUAACAUCAAACUUUCUCUUACAGGAAAUAAGCAGCUUUUUAGCCUUUUUGCUCUUGGACCGUGUUAAUUGAAUUCCUCUCUACCUUUUCACAGAACUCCACAAGCAACAAAUACCGACUGAGUGCAAUCACCCUCCUUGCUAAUUGGUCUGACAUGACAGGUAUGUCAUUGUUUAGUGCGACAUACGUAGCUUUCUUGGCUCUGAGUUCUUAGAUUCAAAGACUCACUGCCCCACCUUUCUCUCUCUCUCUCUCUCUCUCUGCAGCUCCCUUCUUGGCCAGUAACACCAGUCUGGAUUACCUAAGGAGCACACUGGGCCGCUCCUACAUGUGCAAUGCAGAGCAAACUCUAGCUGUGGUGCCAACUUUCUCUCUCAACACAUUCAGGGUGCAGGUGCAACCCUUUGAAGUCACCACAAACCAGUUUGCUACAGGUAACAGAGCUUUCUUUGAAACUCCCAGUUGCUUUUCAAUCUCUUAAACAUUGUCCUCUGAUGUUGGUGCUAAAGGUUUAAAGAGAAAAUGCAGAUUGAAAGGGAUAGUUUGAAACUGUUGGAUUUACAUGACUGCAUUUAUAACCCUCUGAGCAACAGACGGCUAUUAGACGUCUAGUCGUUUUUUCAACCGUCCAGAUUCUGUAUAUUUUUAGAUGGAAUCUACACGUUGCACCGUAACCCAUUAUUUCAUAACUAUUUAAUCCAAAAAGCAACUGUGAUUCGCAUGACUGAUCUCCAAGUACUUAACCAAAAUAAUUAUGAUAGCCGUUGAGCAAAAUACAUAGUACAGAUAUAGCCCAGAUUUAGACUUGGUCUAAACUUAGACAUCUAAAAAACUUUCAUUUUUAGACCUGUGGUAGCCUGAUUUUAGAACACUCGUCUAGACUACAUUUAGACGUCUAUUAGACCUCUUUUAGACCAAAAAAUGCUCAGUGGGAACCCUCUAAUCUGUAAAUCACAACAAAGAGUAACAGCAUAAAACUUCCCAUUAGCAUUUUCACCUUGAAUCAUGUCUUUAUGCGAAGCUUUGAUUGAACUGACUGUCAGUUGGGUGAGGCUCUCAUAAUUAAAGGACAGACACGAAAGAGGUGUGUUCAUUUCAUCUCAUUUCUAACAAGACAGUGAAUAAGGGCCUUUUCUGGUAUUUAAAGCUUUUUAUAAAUCGUAUGUAGGGACUAGUUGUAACUGCUCCAUUAGCGAUAGUUCAUAACCCCAUUUUAAAAAGGCUUUCUUUUUUCUGGGUUGUUUCCACCAUUAAUGAGAACAUUCAAAAUUUUUGAACAGCGAGGUUUUGGACCGGCCUCAAACAGUCUUGAACUCAAAGGGCCAUGGGUUUAGAAACAGUAAUCCCUCUAUUCAACAUUUCAAAAAGGCAUCUGACAAUUUUAAAUACAGUCACACCAGACUUCCCCAGCAGUAGAUACAAAGAAAUAAUAUACAAAGAAUUUGGCAUAUCAAGAUCUAAAAACCUGCAAACUAAUUUCUUUUCUUCACCUUUAGCGGAGGAGUGUCAGAUAGACCAAACACAAAUGCUGAUCCCCAUCAUCGUCGGAGCAGCUCUCGCUGGCUUGGUGCUCAUCGUCCUCAUUGCUUAUCUAAUAGGCAGGAAGAGGAGCCACGCUGGAUACCAAACCAUCUGAACUGACUCUUCAUCAAUAACUCAAACCUGCAGACUGAAGGGCGGAGAUGAAUCUGUGUCUGUGUGUGUGCGCGAGUGAGCAGGUUGUUAGAUGCAAAAUGAGUGAAUGGAUGAUUGUGGUGCUCUGUUGUGAGUGCAUGCUGUUUUUGCAUACCAGGUGUGACCUCUGAAUAUUUUAUUUUCAAUUUCUCUUUGAGAUGAUUAGAAGCCAAAGAUCUGCAAACUUUAGUCCGUGUGAUCAUCCACAUAGAUGGCAUCUGGGAGGGUGAAGCAAUGUAAGUUCACUAUCAGCUGUUUUAUUCCUGUUCCUGUGUGUUCUGGAAAUUGGUUGGAUUUGCUUGAACUGCUGUUUAAUGUUAUUGUCCAGUAAUUAUUUAUAACUAGGGCCCCGUUGGGGCACUGGCGGGCCCGAGCCGUGUCACGCCGCCCCCAGCGCGACCGCCUCCCCCACCCGAUCGCGUCACACUCAAGGUCCAAAGAUGGUGUGCGCACUUGUUUGUGGUCAUUUACCAUUAUAAUGAACGGGAGGCGCAGUUUCUACCAAAACGCUCGCUGCAGAAAAACUCCAUGUCCUAUUUGAAAAAAGUCUGGACCAUGAGUGAGGGCACAAACACAGCUAAGAUAUAUCCAAAUGCCAAGUUGCUCCUCCUUUCGCUUUUGCCGAGAGAGCAGUGCGUUUGAGCCAUUGAAUGAUGAACAGGAAAAACUUGACUUUAUUCUCCUGCCAUAGGGGGGGGGGCGCUCUUUUAAAGAGAAAAAACUCCUUCACAAAUGUGUUGAUGGCUGGACAUUGCAUCAUCCUAGAAAACAUGGAGGCCAGUGAGGACAAAAAUAAAAAGUUAUAAGACUUUUAAAUAUGUGGAUUUUUGGGUUAUAUUUGGCGCCCCCUAGAACCUAAACCGUGGGGUGCAGCGUCAUGAUUUGAAUAACUUUUAAUGGCCAUGGGGUGUAGAUUGGCCUGAGCAAAUGUGGUGCCGGUGGAACGAAAGCCUUCGGAGGAAUUAGCGAAAUUCCAAUGUGUGCGAAUCUGCAAAAAAUGCGAAAUAACCCUUUAACCGUACAUUUUACAGAUACGUGGCCAUUGACUUUUUCGAAGAUCUUAUGUAAAUACACGUGUAUGUAAAAUUUUGUGUCAAUACGACAAAACAUACAGGCGUAGCACUCAACAAUGUGUAUUUUCACCUUAGUGGACAAGAAAAAAUUGACUUUUUUCUCCUGCCAUGGGGGGCGCUCUUUUGCCGAGUAAAAAUUCCUUCACAAAUGUGUUGAUGGCUGGACAUUGCAUUAUCCUAGAAAACUUGGAGGCCAGUGGGGACAAAAAUAAAAAGUUAUAAGACUUUUAAAUAUGUGGAUUUUACGGUUAUCUUUGGCUCCCCCUAGAACCUAAACCGUGGGGUGCAGCGUCAUGAUUUGAAUAACUUUUAAUGGCCAUGGGGUGUAGAUUGGCCUGAGCAAUUGUGGUGCCGGUGGAACGAAAGCCUUCGGAGGAGUUAGCGAAAUUCCAAUGUGUGCGGAUCGGCAAAAAAUGCGGAAUAACCCUUUAACCGUACAUUUGACAGAUACGCGCGCAUUGACUUUUUCGUAGAUCUUAUUGAGAUACAUGUGUGUGUCAAUUUUUGUGUCAUUUUGCCAAAGCGUACAGGUGUUACACUCAACAAUGUGUAUUUUCACCUUAGGGGACAAGAAAAAAUUGACUUUUUUCUCCUGCCAUGGGGGGCGCUCUUUUGGGGAGUAAAAAUUCCUUCACAAAUGUGUUGAUGGCUGGACAUUGCAUCAUCCUAGAAAACUUGGAGGCCAGUGAGGGCAAAAAUAAAAAGUUAUAAGACUUUUAAAUAUGUGGAUCUUAGGGUUAUCUUUGGCGCCCCCUAGAACCUAAACCGUGGGGUGCAGCGUCAUGAUUUGAAUAACUUUUAAUGGCCAUGGGGUGUAGAUUGGCCUGAGCAAAUGUGGUGCCGGUGGAACGAAAGCCUUCGGAGGAGUUAGCGAAAUUCCAAUGUGUGCGGAUCGGCAAAAAAUGCGAAAUAACCCUUUAACCGUACAUUUGACAGAUACGCCCGCACUGACUUUUUUGUAGAUCUUAUUGAGAUACAUGUGUGUGUCAAUUUUUGUGUCAUUUUGACAAAGCGUACCGGCGUGACAGUGAAUAGUGUGAAUUUUCACCUUAGGGGGCGCUAUGGAGCCAUUUUGCAUUUUCUUGUUUGGGCGACUUCGGAAUAUCAAAUUUUUCACCAGGCCCGGUCGUCCUGCCAAAUUUCAUGAGUUUUCGCCAGUGGGAAGUGGGCCAUUUUCCAGUUCAAAGGGGAGGAAAAAUAAUAAUAAUAAUAAUAAUAACAAAAGAAGGAAACUACAGGAACAAGAGGGCUCUCGCAGCUGCUUAGCAGCUACGCUCGGGCCCUAAUGAAUCUGUUUACCCAUGCAUUUCAUCCAGAGGGAGAGCAAACAGCUUGUCCACUGUUGGUCAAAAGAUGUUUCCUUAAGCCUACCCAUACCCACCGGCUGUUUGAACGGGCCCCCUGAGCUCUCUGAUAAUCCCAGUGACUCCAAGAAAAGGGAAAUGAAUGUGUAUCUUUUCUCAUCAUGUUCCUCCACAGCCAACAGCCUGAGCUAACUGUGUGCUCAAAAUCCAAAUUACUUAGCACAGUGCUGAUACUAUGGACUGUAUAUAGAAUGGACAGAGUCUGCCUCCUCGCUGGGUGAAGCCACUCCGAGAACAGCACCCUCUGUUGACGGGCUGCAGUAUAGGUCAUAAAUCCCGCCUUCGCCAGCAAAGCUUAUGAAGCUGUGGACAAACUUAAGAAAUUUAUUACACAGAACAUAAAUGUUUCUCCCCCCUGGUUGCGAUGUCGACAUGUAGUUAUUGUCAGACUGGUUUGCACUCAAGUCCUCUUUUUUCUGUGAAGCUCCGUUUUUAAAAGUUAUUAAGGGGUUUGAGUUUUCUUUGAUUGACACCUGAUACAGCCUAUUGGCGUUCAGGGAUUGCAUAGCUCACCCGGGGGGAUACGCUGUUUGAGCCGAGCGUCAUCACAGCGACUCUCCAGCCGAAUGCGCACAACGCUACUGCGCAGCACUGGUUUCAGGAAAUGAAGAAAAAUCACGGAAAUACCGAGAGCUUUUCGACUUCAAACCCGUAUACAGGCGGGAGGCAGAACCAAGUUGUCCAUAGUAUAUACAGUCGAUGGCUGAUACUGUAAGAAAAGGGUGGUUUGCUGCUCUAAGUGAACAGUGAAUAGUUGUCAGGCUCAAACUCACAGGGUAGCUCAGCAUGACCAAACGUGUUUAACAGUACGAGUGAAAUAGUGCGUGGAUGAACUCUUCGUCCUUGCUUUCUCCCCACUUUUUGGAAAGACGUGUAGAUAUGAACUGUCGUGAUUUGGUCUUUUAUUUUUUUUUGAAUAAGAUGGUUUGAACUUGUUUUCUAUUAUGCAUCUAACUGAGAGGUAAUAAAACUCUUUAAAACCCA